ACAUCACUUUUUAUACGUUUUUCAUUCUUCGGCAACUUUGGUCAACUUUAUCUUUUUAUAUCUAUUUUAUUUACCGCUGUUAUAACGAUUGACAAAAAAAAGAAGUAAAAGAAAAAUAUCAAUAUGAGUAAUCUUCCAGUAGUUGUUAUGGAUAAUGGUACUGGGUACUCUAAACUCGGUUUCAGUGGUAACAAUGAACCUUCAUUUGUUUUCCCAACUGCUAUUGCAACACACGAAAGUCCUUCGGCAUCUGGUGCUCCUGGUGUCCCUUCAAAACCUUCUUUUCUUAGUAGCAACUUGGCAUCAAAACGUGGUAUGGAAGACUUGAACUUUGUUAUUGGUGAUGAAGCUCUUGCUCAAGCAAAAACAAUGGCUCUCAAUUAUCCUAUUCGUCAUGGACAAAUUAACAACUGGGACCAUAUGGAAAGAUUUUGGGAACAGUCUAUUUUCAAGUACUUACGUUGUGAACCUGAAGAUCAUCACUUUUUAUUGACCGAACCUCCACAUAAUCCUCCUGAAAAUCGUGAAAUGACAGCUGAAAUUAUGUUUGAAUCUUUCAAUGUGAAGGGCCUUUAUAUUGGUGUUCAAGCAGUUUUGGCCCUUGCUGCUUCAUGGACUUCCAGUAAAGUUAGUGAACAAACCUUGACUGGUACAGUUGUUGAUUCUGGUGAUGGUGUUACUCAUGUUAUUCCAGUGGCUGAAGGUUAUGUGAUUGGUAGUUCAAUCAAAAGUAUUCCUAUUGCUGGACGCGAUAUUACCUCAUUUGUGCAGCAAUUAUUACGUGAACGUGGUGAAACAAGCAUUCCUCCUGAAGAUUCUUUACGUGUUGCUGAAGCUAUCAAGGAAGAUUUCUCUUAUGUGUGUCCUGAUAUAGUCAAAGAAUUCAAAAAGUAUGAUCAAGAACCCGACAAACAUUUCAAGAAAUACGAAGGACUUCACACUGUGACUGGUAGAAAUUAUUCUGUUGACGUUGGUUUUGAACGAUUCCUUGCCCCUGAAAUUUUCUUCAAUCCUGAAAUUGCAAGCUCUGAUUUCCUUACUCCUUUACCUGAAGUGGUAGAUAACGUUGUACAAACUAGUCCCAUUGAUGUUCGUAGAGGUCUUUACAAGAACAUCGUACUCUCUGGUGGGUCCACAAUGUUCAAAGGUUUCGAUAAGAGACUUCAAAGAGAUAUCAAACGAGUUGUUGAUCAACGUAUACGUGCUAGCGAAGAAAUCAGUGGUGGUGCUAUGAAGGCCACUCCCAUGGAAGUUAAUGUCAUCUCUCACAAGAAGCAACGUCAUGCUGUAUGGUUUGGUGGUAGCUUGCUUGCAUCAACGGCCGAAUUCCAAGGUUAUUGCCACACCAAGGCAGAAUAUGAUGAAUAUGGACCUAGUAUUUGUAGACAUAAUCGUGUAUUUGGUAGCGUUUUGUGAUGUUGAAAGCUGAUUAUUAAUAAAGUUUUAUAUAUUAUGUAUCCUUGU